AUGCACACCCCAGCAUCUAUGGUGACAGGCAUCGUCUUUGCCCCGCUGGGAUUGGUGCUGGUGUUCACAGCGGCCAUCACACCUCAGUGGAGGGAGGGGCAAGCCCGGCUAGGCGGAGUCGGGAGAGCUGUGGGUGGAGCCAAAGGGGCAGAGCUCCUUCUCCUUCGCUCAGAUGGCCUGUGGGAAAGCUGCCUGCAGGUGGCGCACUCUGAGCUCAGAGAGUGCUGGCCAGUGUCUGGACCGUACCAGCGUGAUGCCCGUGUCCGAGCGGCCCAGGGCCUGGUCCUGUCCUCCCUCUUCCUGUGUGGAGCCGGGAUCGUACUGGCCAGCAUCGGUCUGCGCUGCUGGACGGAGACUCCCCUCAGAAACGUCGCAGGUGCUGGCGGCCUGCUGGUGGCGCUGGGGGGCGUGCUGGGCCUGGCAGCUCUGGGCGUAUAUACUCAUCACCUGCAGGAGCUUGGAGUGGAGCUGGCCUCAACAAUGUCCGAAUUCCGGGGGCUAAACGUCCACAAGCUGCCCAGCCUGACUCUGCGGCCAGCUGGGUCGCUCUAUUUCGGCUGGGUGGGGGCGUGGGUGCAGGUGCUCGGGGGGGUGGCACUGCUGUUUGGGUUCAGACGCCCACAGUGCCCAUCCUGCCCCAAACGGGCAGACACAGAGAGGGCAGAGGUGUACGAGGUGAGCUACUAG